AGUGUCGCGCUGUGGACCAAGGCACUUCAGGGAAAGGAGAAGUGAUUUCCUAACAGCUCAUAGUCGGCCAACUGAAACCAGAGAUUUUAUGGAUCAAGAAAGUCACUUGCGUCCGGGAGAUGAUGGAGAAAUGUCAUUCUUCAUUGGUCGGGCGUUGCUGAGGCUGCAGGAUACCGUCGUCACGGCGAUGUCAUGCGCCUUGCAGAGAGUUAUACAGGGCUUUGUUGUGUUCUCUUGCCAGUUGCUGCUCCUCUUUUUUGCUACCUUUUUAUACGGCAGUUUCUACUACUCUUAUAUGCCCAAGGCGGCUUUUUCAACACCUGUGCACUAUUACUACAGGGCAGACUGUGAAUAUUCUGCCUCUUCUUUGUGUUCUCAUCCAGUGGCAAACAUCUCUCUGAUGAGGAACAAGAAACAUGUGCUGAAAUUGGGCCAGGCCUAUCGGAUCUCUCUGCAGCUGGAGAUGCCUGAGACCCCAACCAACCAGGAGCUGGGGAUGUUCAUGAUCAAGACAACCUGUUUCUCUCAGGAUGGAAGCCAGAUGGCUUCCUCUGCUCGCUCAAGCAUGCUGCGAUACCGCUCCAACCUGCUGAGGACCCUACGGACGGUGCUGCUCCUGCCAGCGUUUUUGACCGGAGCCACUGAGCAGAAGCAAGUGCUGGAGGUGGAGCUCUUCUCCGACUACACAGACAACCCUUAUGCCCCCUUGGUCACGGCCAUCAUUGAGAUCCAGUCCAACAAGGUGCAGAUCUACUCAUCUCAGCUGUUCGUUCACGCUCAAUUCACUGGCAUAAGAUACUUGUUGUUCUACUACCCUGUCUUAUCAGCCCUGGUGGGUGUGUUCAGUAACUUCAUCUUCCUCAGUGUCCUCUUCGUCUUGAGCUACAUUAGGCUGCUGUUGAUGGUGGAAAGGAAAGCAGAGCAGCUCAGAACAGAUGGACCGGUGUCAGAGAGGGAAAGGAACAUGAACAACCACCAGCAAUGUGAUGAAAGCGAUGUGGCUGCAGGUACUGCAGAGCUGCUGGGUCCCCUUCAGAUAACCCCCGCAAAUCUGAGCAGGGAGGAGCCCCAUUGCCACGUUGGCGACAGCACAGAGAGAAAUAGAACAGAAAUAGAUUUGGUCAGAUUGAAAUAAAUCAGAGGCGGACUGAGGACAUUAACAACAGGGAGGGAGAAAGUGUAGAGAGCGAUCCUGAUAGCAAGUUGUAAUGGUG